UGUUGUUGCGGAAGAACCCUCCCACGUAGUUAAACUGCGCAGAGUCGAGGCGUGCAGUUGUUUAGAAAUUUCUCAGGUAUGACUGGCGGGAACACGUUUCACAAGAACUACAGUAACAGCAACGACUCUGAGCCCAGAAUGGAUGUGGAUUUGGAUUCCAGUCGCCCUGAAAGUGAACGGGGGGACCUGGACGGUAGUAUCCCGGCUCCAUGUUCCUCUAACGGCAGCUGCGGGGAAGAGGACGAAACGGAGGCCUUGAGUCGCUCGAGAGAAACCGGCGGCUCGAGUAAUCAGCACACCCCAGACGGAGGCGCGGUGCUAGGUGGCAGGGAGCAGGAGGUGUCGGUGGAAAUUGGAGAGACGUAUUUGUGUCAAAGAGCUGAUAAAACGUGGCACACAGCAGAGGUGAUUCAGUCCCGGCUGAAUGAGCAGGAGGGCAGAGAGGAGUUUUAUGUCCACUAUGUGGGAUUCAACAGACGCCUGGAUGAAUGGGUGGGUAAGUCCCGGUUGGCGCUCACCAAGACUGUGAAGGAUGCGGUAAGAAAGAGCACAGAGAUCGGAGGUGUUGGAGAUCUAGGUGACCAGCCCGAGAGGAAGAUCACACGCAACCAGAAGCGCAAGCAUGAUGAGAUCAACCAUGUGCAGAAGACAUAUGCAGAGAUGGACCCAACAACAGCUGCGCUGGAGAAAGAGCAUGAGGCGAUCACCAAGGUGAAAUAUGUGGAUAAGAUCCAGAUAGGAAACUUUGAGAUUGACGCCUGGUACUUCUCUCCAUUUCCUGAGGACUACGGCAAGCAGCCCAAGCUGUGGAUCUGCGAGUACUGCCUCAAAUAUAUGAAAUAUGAGAAGACUUUCAGAUAUCACCUGUCACACUGUCAGUGGAGACAGCCUCCAGGAAAAGAGAUCUACAGGAGGAGUAACAUAUCAGUGUUUGAGGUGGACGGGCGAGACCACAAGAUCUACUGUCAGAAUCUGUGUCUACUAGCAAAGCUGUUUCUCGACCAUAAAACGCUGUAUUUUGACGUGGAGCCCUUCAUCUUCUACAUCCUCACUGAGGUCAACAAACAGGGGGCGCAUAUCGUCGGAUAUUUCUCUAAAGAGAAAGAGUCUCCAGAUGGGAACAACGUGGCGUGUAUUCUCACGCUACCGCCGUACCAGCGCAGAGGCUAUGGAAAGUUUCUCAUAGCUUUUAGUUAUGAGCUGUCCAAGCUGGAGAACACUGUGGGUUCUCCUGAGAAGCCUCUGUCUGAUCUGGGGAAGCUGAGCUACAGAAGUUACUGGUCAUGGGUGCUGCUGGAGAUCCUGAGGGACUUCAGAGGAACGCUUUCCAUCAAAGAUCUGAGCCAGAUGACCAGCAUCACGCAGAGCGACAUCAUCAGCACCCUGCAGUCACUCAACAUGGUGAAAUACUGGAAGGGUCAGCACGUCAUCUGUGUGACACCCAAACUGGUGGAGGAGCAUCUGAAGAGCGCCCAGUACAAGAAACCACCUAUUACAGUGGACACCAUGUGCUUGAAGUGGGCGCCUCCCAAAAACAAACAAGCCAAGAUGUCAAAGAAGUAGGAGAAGCCACAUCUGUGCAUCAGUCGACAUGUUAUCACCGACCAACUUCCCCGUUUUCUCCCACUCUGUAAAUAGCUGUUAGCAGCAUCUGUCUGUAGUUUCUUUAUUUUCUUAUAAUAAAUGUGUACAUAUGACAA